UUCAUCCUCUACUCACAUCGUCCCCCUGUUCUCUUGAAAACCCCAUUUCUCUCUCUACAAACCAAACCCUCGUUUACUUUCCCUUGAGCAAAGAUGGCACCGAAGGCAGCAGAAAAGAAGCCAGCAGAGAAGAAACCAGCGGAGGAGAAGAAGGCCGUGGCUGAGAAAGCUCCGGCGGAGAAGAAGCCGAAGGCCGGCAAGAAGUUGCCAAAGGACGCCGGUGCCCCCGCUGACAAGAAGAAGAAGAGAGUCAAGAAGAGCACAGAGACUUACAAGAUCUACAUCUUCAAGGUUCUCAAGCAGGUCCAUCCUGAUAUCGGGAUCUCCAGUAAGGCCAUGGGAAUCAUGAACAGCUUCAUCAACGACAUCUUCGAAAAGCUUGCACAGGAAGCCUCCAGACUCGCAAGGUACAACAAGAAGCCGACGAUCACUUCUCGGGAGAUCCAGACCGCAGUCAGGCUUGUCCUUCCCGGAGAACUCGCCAAGCACGCCGUCUCUGAGGGUACCAAGGCGGUGACCAAAUUUACCAGCUCUUGAAGCGUUUGGUGGAGCGGCAGUUGCAGUUCGUGUCGGCGAUGAUUGCUAUCUAGAUUCUGUAGUUAGGAUUAGGGUUUUAAAUUUGUGUGGAUUUUUUUAAUUUUCUAAUGUUUUUAAUUCGAAUUUUAGGGUUUGGUUUACAGGAUGCUGAUUUGGAUCUCCUCGAUCCUCUUGUCUAUUGUAGAACAAUGAAAUGAAGGGAAAAUUUCGCUAUAUUAUCUGUAAUUUCGUUUUUCAAUCUAUGUUUCGAUCUGUAA